CGCCUCCCGUCACUCUCUCUCACAACACCGUGAGAGCCACAAGACUCAUGCUGUCCUCCAGCACACCCACACACACUAGCACUGAGAGCGAGAGACACUGAGAGUGUGUGUGUGAGAGAGAGAGAGAGAAAGAGGGGUACGACAACAAUAAAGAAAGGAGAGAGGUGCAACGUGGAGAGCAAGAGGGAGGGACAUAGCAAAGGAGAUAAAAAAAUCCAAAUCCUGAAGAGAAGGAUUUUCUCUUUUCUCCCGAGGAGCUGCGAAUAACCCUCGGCGAAGGAUGGCAGAAGGGGGAGAGGGAGAGGAGGAGAUUCAGUUCCUGCGAACGGAUGAUCAAGUCGUUCUGCAGUGCACUGCCUCCGUCCUGAAGGAGCAGCAGAUAAAGCUAUGUCUGUCCUGCGAGGGCUUUGGGAACCGUCUCUGCUUCCUGGAAACCACAUCCAAUGCUCAGAAUGUGCCCCCGGACCUGGCCAUAUGUACCUUCAUUCUGGAGCAGUCCCUGUCGGUCCGCGCUCUGCAGGAGAUGUUGGCCAACACGGUGGAGAUGACCGAGUCGUCCCAAGGUGGAGGCCAUCGUACCUUACUGUAUGGUCAUGCCAUCCUUCUGAGACACUACCACUCAUGCAUGUACCUGAGCUGUUUGACUACAUCUCGGUCACUCACAGACAAGCUGGCCUUUGACGUGGGCUUACAGGAAGAUUCCACUGGUGAGGCAUGUUGGUGGACUAUUCACCCAGCCUCCAAGCAAAGGUCAGAAGGUGAAAAGGUCAGGGUGGGUGAUGACCUCAUCCUUGUCAGUGUGUCCUCUGAGAGAUACCUGCACUUGUCCUAUGCCAGUGGGGAUUUGAUGGUGGAUGCCUCCUUCAUGCAGACUCUGUGGAACAUGAAUCCAAUUAGUUCGGGAUGUGAACUAGCUGAGGGGUUUCUGACAGGCGGUCACGUUCUCAGGCUGUUCCACGGCCACAUGGACGAGUGUCUGGCCAUCGCUACACCAGAGGAAGGAGAAGAAAAGCGCAGGAUGGCUCACUAUGAAGGCGGUGCUGUGUGCAGUCAGGCUCGAUCCCUGUGGAGGUUGGAGCCCCUCAGAAUCAGUUGGAGUGGUAGCCAUAUGAAGUGGGGGCAGUCUUUCCGUAUUCGCCACAUUACCACAGGCCGGUACCUGUGUAUGGAUGAGGAGAAAGGUCUGUUGGUGGUCGACCCAGAGAGGGCCAACACCAAACUAUCCGCUUUCUGCUUCCGUGUUUCAAAGGAGAAGGUGGAUGUGGCUCAGAAGCGUGAUGUUGAAGGGAUGGGCAUUCCAGAGAUAAAGUAUGGAGAGUCCAUGUGCUUCGUCCAGCACGUGUCCACAGGCCUGUGGCUCACAUAUGCCGCCCUUGAUGCCAAAGCUGCUCGUUUGGGAAUGAUGAAGAGAAAGGUCAUUCUGCACCAGGAGGGUCAUAUGGACGAUGCUCUAACUGUGUCCCGCUCCCAAACUGAAGAGUCUCAGGCUGCUAGAAUGAUUUUCAGCACUAUUGGCCUCUUCAGACAGUUCAACAAGGGUUUGGACUCCCUGAGUGGAAAGAACAAGUCACCAGGGUCUGUGUCGCUCCCUUUGGAGGGGGUCAUCCUCUCUCUUCAGGAUCUCAUCUUCUACUUUCGUCCUCCAGAGGAGGAACUGGAGCACGAGGAGAAGCAGACCAAACUUCGCUCUCUCCGCAACCGGCAGAACCUCUUCCAAGAGGAGGGAAUGAUCACCAUCGUGCUGGAGUGCAUCGACCGCCUGAACGUGUACAACACUGCUGCUCACUUUUCUGAAUUCGCCGGGGAGGAAGCUGCAGAGUCCUGGAAGGAGAUUGUCAACCUUCUUUAUGAGCUGCUGGCUUCUCUAAUUCGAGGAAACCGCUCUAAUUGUGCGUUGUUCUGUGACAACCUCGACUGGCUGGUCAGCAAGCUGGACCGUCUGGAGGCCUCUUCAGGUAUUCUUGAGGUGCUGUACUGUGUGCUAAUUGAAAGUCCUGAGGUUCUGAACAUCAUCCAGGAGAACCACAUUAAAUCCAUCAUCUCUCUUCUGGACAAGCAUGGAAGGAACCACAAGGUCCUGGAUGUCUUGCGCUCUCUUUGUGUGUGUAAUGGUGUAGCUGUGAGGUCCAACCAAAACCUCAUCACUGAAAAUCUCCUCCCGGGUCGUGACCUCUUGCUGCAGACCAACAUUGUAAACUAUGCCACAAGUGUCAGACCUAACAUCUUCCUGGGCACAUGUGAGGGCUCCACGCAGUAUAAGAAAUGGUACUUUGAGAUGAUGGUAGAUUACGUGGAACCCUUCGUGACGGCGCAGGCCAGCCACCUGCGUGUGGGCUGGGCUAUGACUGAGGGCUACAGCCCCUACCCUGGAGGAGGAGAAGGCUGGGGAGGCAACGGUGUGGGAGAUGACCUGUAUUCCUAUGGCUAUGAUGGACUGCAUCUAUGGUCAGGUACUGUACCUCGCCAGGUGGCUUCGCCCAGCGCGCACACCCUGGCUGCAGACGAUGUCGUCAGCUGCUGUCUGGAUCUGAGCGUGCCCAGUAUCUCCUUCCGUAUCAACGGCCACCCAGUUCAGGGCAUGUUUGAAAACUUCAAUGUGGAUGGCCUCUUCUUCCCUGUCAUCAGCUUCUCUGCAGGCGUCAAGGCUCGGUUCCUCCUUGGUGGUCGUCAUGGAGACUUCAAGUUCAUGCCCCCGCCUGGCUACGCCCCGUGCUAUGAGGCUCUGCUGCCUAGAGAGAGGAUGCGUAUUGAACCCAUCAAGGAGUACAAGCACGACUUCCAAGGCGUGCGCAACCUGCUGGGUCCCACUCUGUCCCUCACCCACACCUCGUUCACCCCCUGCCCUGUGGACACUGUUCAGAUUGUGUUACCACCCCACUUGGAGCGUAUCCGAGAGAAGCUGGCAGAGAAUAUUCACGAGCUCUGGGCUGUCACCCGUAUUGAGCAGGGCUGGACCUUUGGGAGUUUCAGGGAUGACAACAAGAAACUCCAUCCUUGUCUGGUGGACUUCCAGAGUCUCCCUGAACCAGAGAGGAACUACAACCUGCAGAUGUCUGCGGAAACUCUGAAGACUCUCCUAGCGCUGGGUUGCCAUGUUGGUAUGGGUGAUGAGAAGGCAGAGGAGAACCUCAAGAAGAUUAAGCUGCCCAAGACCUAUGUGAUGACCAAUGGAUACAAGCCUGCCCCCCUUGACCUCAGCCAUGUCAAACUGACACCAAACCAGAACCAGCUUGUAGAAAAACUGGCAGAAAAUGGGCAUAAUGUUUGGGCAAGGGAUCGGGUACGACAAGGAUGGACCUACAGUAUUGUGCAGGACAUCUUGAAUAAGCGAAACCCUCGUCUGGUACCUUACAACCUGCUGGAUGAGAGAACUAAGAAAACGAACCGAGACAGUGUUAACAAUGCUGUCCGUACUCUCAUUGGCUAUGGCUACAACAUUGAGCCUCCAGAUCAGGAGAGCACUAGCCAUGGUCUUGAGAACACCCGCGGGGACAAAGUACGAAUCUUCAGGGCAGAGAAGUCGUACGCUGUCACCCAAGGGAAGUGGUACUUUGAGUUUGAGGCUGUAACCACAGGGGAGAUGAGAGUGGGCUGGGCACGUCCCAGUGUGCGCUCUGACACUGAACUGGGCGCAGAUGAACUGGCCUACGUCUUUAACGGCAAUAAGGCUCAAAGAUGGCAUAUUGGGAAUGAACCCUUCGGUCGCCAGUGGCAGUCUGGUGAUGUAGUUGGCUGUAUGAUUGACCUGACUGAGAUGAACAUCAUGUUCACACUCAACGGAGAAAUGUUGAUCAGUGACUCAGGCUCGGAGAUGGCUUUCAAAGACAUUGAAAUUGGGGAAGGUUUUAUCCCAGUGUGUGCCUUGGGCCUGUCUCAGGUUGGAAGGAUUAAUCUUGGGCAGAAUGUCAGCAGCCUGCGCUACUUUGCCAUCUGUGGCCUGCAGGAAGGAUUUGAGCCUUUUGCUAUCAAUAUGAAGCGAGACAUUACCAUGUGGUUCAGUAAAAGUUUGCCCCAGUUUGUGCCUGUACCCACCGAUCACAAUCAUAUUGAGGUCUCUCGUGUGGAUGGUACUGUGGACAGUGCCCCCUGUCUAAAGCUGACCCAUAAGACCUUUGGCUCGCAAAACGCCAACACCGAUAUGAUGUUCCUCAGACUCAGCAUGCCUGUCCAGUUCCAUGAGACCUUCAAGAUCCCAGCAGGCACAACCCCUCUUACUCGUACCCUCACCAUACCCGAAGAGGAAGUGGUGGUGGUGGAGCCCGACUCAGAGUUUGAAGUUCUGAAGAAGUCUGCUGGCCGCAAGGAGCAAGAGGAUGAGAAGAAGGAGCCAUCUGUGCCUAAGGAGAUCUCUGUGGAAAAUGAGAAGGACACAGCAUCAGAAAAAGGAAAGAAGAAAGGAUUCUUCUUCAAAGCCAAGAAGGUUGCCAUGACACCCCUCGCCCCUGCUCCUGCGCCCCCAACGGUGCCACGUUUGGUGGAGGACGUGGUCCCGGAUGACAGAGAUGACCCUGAGAUCAUCAUGAAUACCACCACUUAUUACUAUUCUGUGAGGAUCUUUGCUGGACAGGAGCCCUCUGGUGUGUGGAUUGGCUGGGUCACUCCUGACUACCACCAGUUUGAUCCAAGCUUUGACCUCUCCAAAGUGCGCAGUGUCACUGUUACUGUGGGAGAUGACAAAGGCAACAUACAUGACAGUAUGAAGCACAGUAACUGUUACAUGGUGUGGGGAGGGGACCUGGUCAGCAAUCAGCAGACCCGCUUCAGUCAGGAAGACAUGGUGGUUGGCUGCUUGGUCGAUCUGGCAACAGGCCUCAUGACCUUUACAGCCAAUGGAAAAGAGAUUAACACCUUCUACCAGGUGGAGCCCAACACCAAGCUGUUCCCUGCCGUCUUCGUUCAGCCCACCAAUCAGAACAUGGUACAGCUGGAGCUGGGCAAACUCAAGAACAUCAUGCCCAUCUCAGCAGCCAUGUUCCGCAGCGAGCGUAAUAACCCGGUCCCCCAGUGCCCCCCCAGGCUGGAUGUUCAGAUGCUGACCCCAGUUAUCUGGAGUCGUAUGCCCAAUCACUUCCUCAACCCGGAGGUGGGCAAAGUGAGUGAGAGGCUGGGCUGGAUGGUAGAGUGUACUGAACCUCUCAUCAUGAUGGCUCUGCACAUCCCAGAGGAGAACAGGUGUAUUGACAUCCUGGAGCUGUCAGAGCGUCAGGAUUUGAUGAAGUUCCACUACCACACACUCAUGCUCUACUGCGCUGUGUGUGCACUUGGCAAUAACCGAGUGGCUCAUGCCCUCUGCAGUCAUGUGGAUGAAUCCCAGCUUUUCUACGCCAUUGAGAACACCUACCUGCCUGGUCCUCUCCGCAGCGGCUACUAUGACCUGCUCAUCAGCAUUCACUUGGAGUCUGCCAAACGAGCACGUCUGGGCACCAACAAGGAGUUUAUUGUCCCCAUGACCGAAGACACUCUGAGCAUCCACCUCUAUCCUGAUGCAAAGAAGGCCCAUUCUCUCCCCGGUGUUGGCCUAACCACUUGCUUACGGCCCAAGCUGCAUUUCUCAUCCAUCAACUUUGUUGGCACGGACCCUGACUUGUACACCCUUAGUCCUAUUUUCCCCCUGCAGGAGCUGAAGACCAAAGCGAUCAGCAUGUUAACAGAGGCUGUGCUGGAUGGUAGCCAAGCUAUGCGGGAUCCAGUAGGAGGCAGUGUGGAGUUCCACUUUGUCCCAAUCCUGAAGCUGAUCAGUACACUGCUCAUUAUGGGCAUCUUCAACGAUGAGGACACCAAGCACAUCCUCAAGAUGAUUGAUCCAAAUGUUUUCAGUGGAAAGGAGGAGGAAGAGGAGGAGGAAGGAGAAAAAGCUGAGGAGGGUGUAGCUGCUGAGGGAGAAGGUGAGGAAGCAAAGGAGGAGGAAGACGAGGAGGCAGCUGAGGCUGAGCUUGAGGAUGAAGGGGUUGGUGAGGAGGAGGAGGAGGAGGUGAAAGAAUCAGAAGGAGGGGAGGAUAAGGAGGAAGAGGGUGAGCCUAAGGAGGAAGGGGAAGAGGAGAAGGAGGAGGGAGAGGCUAAAGAAGAAAAGGUGGAUGGAGAAAAGGCGGAGGAAGAGAAGGAGGCAGAGGCAGUGGAGGCAGAAGCAAAAGAGGAGGAGGAGGGUCCGGAAGAGGGAUUACUCCAGAUGAAGCUUCCGGAGUCUGUCAAACUGCAGAUGUGCACACUCCUGCAGUACUUCUGCGACUGCGAGCUGCGACACAGAGUGGAGGCCAUUGUGGCCUAUUCGGACGACUUUGUCAAUAACAUUCAGAAAAACCAACGAGUACGUUACAACCAGUUAAUGAGAGCCUUCACCAUGUCAGCUGCUGAGACUGCGCGCAAGACCCGCGAGUUCCGUUCACCACCACAGGACCAGGUUCUUUUGCUGACCAACUUUAAGCACAAUUCAGAAGAUGAUUUCAGUCCAGUGCCUGAGGAGGUGCGGGACUCUCUGGCAGAAUUCCACAAUAACAUUCUACUUCACUGCGGUAUACAUAUUGAGGAGGAGGCAGAGGAGGAAGAGGUGGACUCCUCACUGAGGGGCAGACUCAUCAGUCUGGUCGAAAAGAUCAAGAGCUUGCGCAAAAAGAAUGACGAGGAGGAGAAGCCAGAUGUUGAGGAGGAACCAAAACCCAGCACCCUCCAGGAGUUGAUCUCCCACACCAUGAUCCACUGGGCCCAGGAGUCGUUUAUUCAGAACCCUGAGCUGGUGCGCCUGAUGUUCAGCCUGCUUCACAGACAGUACGAUGGCCUCGGCGAGUUGAUCCGGGCGCUACCCAAAGCCUACUCCAUCAAUGCCGUGUCUGUUCAGGACACCAUGGAUCUACUCGAGUGUUUAGGACAGAUACGUUCACUGCUCAUUGUCCAGAUGGGCCCAGAGGAGGAGCGGCUCAUGAUCCAGAGCAUUGGGAACAUCAUGAACAACAAGGUGUUCUACCAACACCCCAAUCUGAUGAGAGCUCUUGGUAUGCAUGAGACUGUUAUGGAGGUGAUGGUCAAUGUGUUGGGUGGAGGUGGAGACUCGAAGGAGAUUAGAUUCCCUCAAAUGGUGACCAACUGCUGUCGUUUCCUGUGUUACUUCUGCCGUAUCAGCCGACAGAACCAGCGCUCCAUGUUCGACCAUCUGAGCUACCUACUACAGAACAGUGGCAUUGGUUUGGGCAUGCGUGGGUCCACACCCCUGGAUGUGGCUGCGGCUUCAUGCAUCGACAACAACGAGUUGGCCUUGGCUCUACAGGAGCAGGACCUGGAAAUGGUGGUGACAUAUUUGGCAGGCUGCGGUCUGCAGAUGUGUCCAAUGCUUCUUUCGAAGGGCUACCCUGACAUCGGCUGGAACCCCUGUGGAGGAGAGAGAUACCUGGAUUUCCUCCGCUUUGCUGUCUUUGUUAAUGGUGAGAGCGUGGAGGAGAAUGCCAAUGUUGUGGUGCGUCUGCUCAUCCGUCGGCCUGAGUGCUUCGGCCCAGCCCUGAGAGGAGAGGGCGGGAAUGGUCUGCUGGCCGCCAUGGAGGAGGCCAUCAAGAUCUCAGAGGAUCCUGCAAGGGAUGGACCCACUGUCAAAAAAGACAGACGCUUUAUGUUUGGUGGUGAGGAACAGCAUGAGGAGAAUCGUGUUCAUCUGGGAAAUGCCAUUAUGUCCUUCUACUCAGCCCUCAUUGAUCUGCUUGGUCGCUGCGCCCCUGAGAUGCAUCUGAUCCAAGCUGGUAAGGGUGAAGCUCUCAGAAUCAGGGCCAUCCUGAGGUCUCUGGUGCCCAUAGAGGACCUGGUGGGAGUCAUCAGCUUGCCUGUACAGAUUCCUACCUAUGGCAAAGAGGGUCAGAUUAUUGAGCCUAAGAUGUCAGCCAGUUUUGUGCCAGACCACAAGGCCUCCAUGGUGCUGUUCCUCGACAGAGUGUAUGGUAUCGAAAACCAGGACUUCUUGCUUCAUGUGUUGGAGGUUGGUUUCCUGCCUGACAUGAGAGCAGCAGCCUCUCUGGACACGGUGGCAUUCAGUACGACUGAAAUGGCCUUGGCACUGAACCGCUACCUCUGUUCAGCUGUUCUGCCUCUGCUCACCAAGUGUGCCCCGCUGUUUGCUGGGACAGACCACCGUGCCAUCAUGAUCGACUCUAUGCUCCACACCAUCUAUCGCUUAUCCCGCGGCCGAGCCCUCACCAAGGCUCAGAGGGAUGUCAUUGAGGAGUGCCUCAUGUCCCUCUGCAAGUACCUCCGACCCUCCAUGCUGCAGCAUCUGCUUAGGCGGCUGGUAUUUGAUGUGCCCAUCCUCAAUGAAUAUGCAAAGAUGCCUCUCAAGCUGUUGACCAAUCACUAUGAGCGCUGUUGGAAGUAUUACUGCUUGCCUAACGGAUGGGCUAAUUUCGGGGUGACCUCAGAGGAGGAGCUACAUCUUUCUCGUAAACUCUUCUGGGGAAUCUUUGAAUCUUUGGCACACAAGAGAUUCGAUGCAGAGCUCUUCAAGAUCGCCAUGCCUUGCCUCUGUGCUAUAGCAGGAGCCAUCCCACCUGACUAUGUGGAUGCGACCUACUCCUCUCACACUGAGAAGAAGGCGUCUGUGGAUGCUGAAGGCAACUUUGAUCCCAAACCAGUGGAGACAACCAACACCAUCAUCCCAGAGAGGCUGGAUGCCUUCAUCAACAAGUAUGCAGAGCACACUCAUGACAAAUGGGCCUUUGAAAAGAUUCAGAACAACUGGACCUACGGAGAGGUGUUGGAUGAGAAUGCCAAGACUCACCCAAUGCUCCGGCCAUACAAAACGUUCUCUGAAAAGGACAAGGAGAUUUAUCGUUGGCCCAUCAAAGAAUCCAUAAAAGCCAUGCUGGCCUGGGAGUGGACAUUAGAUAAAGCCAGGGACGGGGAGGGGGAUGUUGAGAAGAAGGCUGCCACACGCAAGAUCUCCCAAACUGCUCAGGCCACUUAUGAUCCCAGUCAUGGCUACAGCCCUCAGCCAAUAGAUAUCGCAGGAAUGGCCCUGUCCAGAGAGCUGCAGUCUAUGGCUGAGCAGCUGGCUGAGAACUAUCACAACACCUGGGGCAGGAAGAAGAAGUUGGAGCUACAGGCCAAAGGUGGUGGCACCCAUCCUCUGCUUGUGCCUUAUGACACCCUGACGGCUAAGGAGAAGGCUAGGGACAGGGAGAAGGCCCAGGACCUGCUCAAGUUUCUCCAGCUCAAUGGAUAUGCUGUGACGAGGGGACUGAAGGACAUGGAGCAGGACAUUUCCUCUAUUGAGAAACGUUUUGCCUACGGUUUCCUCCAGAAGCUUCUCAAAUGGAUGGACAUCGCCCAGGAGUUCAUUGCUCAUCUUGAGGCUGUGGUUAGCAGUGGUAGAGUGGAGAAGUCACCACAUGAACAAGAAAUCAAAUUCUUUGCCAAGAUCCUCUUGCCACUGGUAAAUCAGUACUUCAAGAACCACUGCCUUUACUUCCUCUCUACUCCUGCUAAAGUCUUGGGUAGUGGAGGGCAUUCCUCCAACAAGGAGAAAGAGAUGAUUGCAAGUAUCUUCUGUAAGUUGGCUGCUUUGGUGAGGCACAGAGUAUCUCUUUUUGGAACGGAUGCAGGUGCAGUGGUAAACUGUCUGCACAUCCUCUCACGAUCACUGGAUGCCAGGACUGUUAUGAAAUCUGGCCCUGAGAUUGUUAAGGCUGUCCUGCGUCAGUUCUUUGAGAGUGCUGCAGAUGACAUUGAGAAGAUGGUUGAAAAUCUGAAACUAGGCAAAGUGUCAAGUCGAAACCAGGUUAAGGGUGUAUCCCAAAACAUCAGCUACACAACCAGUGCCCUGUUGCCAGUGCUCACUUCCCUGUUUGACCACAUAGCCCAGCAUCAGUUUGGAGAUGAUGUCAUGCUGGACGACCUGCAAAUAUCCUGCUAUCGUUUAAUGUGCAGUAUCUACUCUUUGGGCACAGUGAAGACUCCCCAUGCAGAAAAACAGAGACCAGCUCUUGGCGAGUGUUUAGCCCAUUUAGCAGCUGCUAUGCCAGUGGCCUUCCUUGAGCCAGAACUGAAUGAGUUCAACAUGUUUUCUGUUUACACCACCAAGACUCCCAGAGAGAGAACCAUUCUGGGUCUUCCCAACAGAGUGGAGGAGCUGUGCCCUGACAUCCCAGAGCUGGAGAUCCUGAUGAAGGAGAUCCAUGACCUGGCAGAGUCUGGAGCUCGCUACACAGAAAUGCCUCAUGUGAUUGAGAUCACCCUGCCCAUGUUGUGUAACUAUCUCCCACGCUGGUGGGAGAGGGGCCCAGAGAAUUUCCCAGAGCAGGAGGGCCAGCUCUGCACCUCCAUCACCUCUGAGCACCUUAACCAGCUGCUGGGUAGUAUCAUGAAGAUUGUGGUUAACAACCUGGGUAUAGAUGAGGCCUCCUGGAUGAAGAGAUUGGCAGUGUUCGCCCAGCCCAUUGUCAGCAGGGCAAAACCAGAGAUGCUUAAAUCCCACUUCAUCCCCACUAUGGAAAAACUGAAGAAGCGCUCAGGGAAGGUGGUGGCCGAGGAGGAGCAGCUGCGCAUGGAGGGCAAAACAGAAGUGGACAGUGAAAACGGGACCAUCCGAGAUGAGUUUGCUGUGCUCUGUCGGGAUCUGUAUGCCCUCUACCCGCUGCUCAUUCGCUAUGUGGACAAUAACAGGGCCAGAUGGUUGACCUGUCCAGACCCAGAUGCAGAAGAGCUUUUUAGGAUGGUGGGAGAGGUUUUCAUUUUCUGGUCCAAAUCCCAUAACUUUAAGAGGGAGGAGCAGAACUUCGUGGUGAUGAAUGAGAUCAACAAUAUGUCCUUCCUGACUGCAGACAGUAAGAGCAAGAUGAGCAAGGCCGGAGAUGGAGAGUCUGGAGGCUCAGAGCAGGAGCGUACCAAGAAGAAGCGGCGGGGGGAUCGCUACUCUGUGCAGACCUCCCUUAUUGUAGCAGCUUUAAAGAAGAUGCUUCCUAUCGGCCUCAAUAUGUGCUCUCCUGCAGACCAGGAGCUCAUCAAUCUUGCCAAGAUCAGAUACUCACUGAAAGACACAGAUGAAGAGGUGAGGGAGUUCUUGCACAAUAAUCUGCAUCUGCAAGGCAAGGUGGAGGACCCAGCUAUGCGCUGGCAGAUGUCUCUUUAUAAGGAGAUGUCUGGAAAAGCUGAAGAUGCUGAGGACCCUGAGAAGGUGGUAAAAAGGGUCCAAGAGGUGUCUGCUGUCCUUUACCACAUUGAGGUGACGGAGCAUCCCUUCAAGUCAAAGAAAAUGGUUUGGCACAAGCUGCUGUCCAAACAGCGUCGCAGGGCUGUGGUGGCCUGUUUCAGAAUGACACCCCUGUACAACAUCCCCGCGCACAGGGCAACCAACAUGUUCUUGGACGCCUACAAACGCAACUGGUUAGAGACUGAGGGUUACUCAUUUGAGGACAAAAUGAUUGAUGACUUAUCAAAAGCCAUGGAGGAAGAGGAGGAAGAGGAAGAGGAGACAGAGACAAAGCCUGACCCCCUUCAUCAGCUAAUUCUUCAUUUCAGCCGCACAGCUCUCACAGAAAAGACUAAGCUUGACGUUGACCAUCUCUAUAUGUCUUAUGCUGAUAUUAUGGCAAAGAGCUGUCACAUUGGUGAGGAGGACGAAGGGGGAGAACAGGAGGGGGAGGAGCCAUCCUUUGAGGUGCGACAGACAGAGAUGGAAAAGGAGAUGGAGAAACAGAGGCUUCUGUACCAGCAGUCCCGUCUGCACAACCGUGGGGCUGCAGAGAUGGUGCUGCAGAUGAUCAGUGCCUGUAAAGGUGAACCUGGAGCCAUGGUUUCUUCCACACUCAAACUGGGAAUCUCCAUCCUCAAUGGAGGCAACAGUGAUGUGCAGCAGAGAAUGCUUGACUAUCUGAAGGAUAAAAAGGAUGUGGGAUUCUUCCUAAGCGUUCAGACUCUCAUGCAGACCUGCAGCGUUUUGGACUUGAAUGCUUUUGAGAGACAGAACAAGGCUGAAGGACUUGGGAUGGUUUCAGAGGAAGGCACCAAUAUGAAGCUAGAACGUGAUGAGAAAGUGAUGGCAGAUGAUGAAUUUACAUGUGACCUCUUCCGCUUCCUCCAGCUUCUUUGUGAGGGACACAAUAACGACUUUCAGAACUACUUGAGAACUCAGACAGGCAGCACCACUACCAUCAAUAUCAUCAUCUGCACUGUGGACUACCUGCUUCGACUACAGGAAUCAAUCAGUGACUUUUACUGGUACUACUCAGGAAAAGACAUUAUUGAUGAGCCCGGUAAGAGGAAUUUCUCCAAAGCAAUGACUGUGGCCAAGCAGGUCUUCAACAGCUUGACUGAGUACAUCCAGGGUCCCUGUACUGGUAACCAGCAGUCCCUGGCCCACAGUAGGCUGUGGGACGCUGUUGUUGGCUUCCUGCAUGUCUUCGCUCAUAUGAUGAUGAAACUUGCUCAGGACUCCAGUCAAAUUGGACUGUUAAAGGAGCUGUUGGAUCUGCAGAAGGACAUGGUGGUGAUGCUUCUGUCCCUGCUUGAGGGCAAUGUGGUGAACGGAACCAUCGCCAGGCAGAUGGUUGACAUGCUGGUGGAGUCCUCCAGCAACGUGGAAAUGAUCCUUAAGUUCUUUGACAUGUUCCUCAAGCUUAAGGACAUUGUGGCAUCUGACGCCUUCCGAGACUAUGUGACUGACCCCCGUGGGCUGAUCUCCAAGAAGGACUUCUCCAAGGCCAUGGACAGCCAGAAGCAAUACUCUCCCUCAGAAAUCCAGUUCCUCCUCUCUUGCUCAGAAGCCGAUGAGAAUGAGAUGAUCAACUUUGAGGAAUUUGCAGAUCGUUUCCAGGAACCGGCCAAAGACAUUGGAUUCAAUAUUGCCGUUCUGCUCACAAACCUGUCAGAGCACGUACCCCAUGACACUCGCCUUCAGAACUUCCUGGAGCAGGCCGACAACGUGCUCAACUACUUCCGCCCUUUCCUCGGCCGCAUUGAAAUCAUGGGAGCCAGCAGGAAGAUCGAACGCAUUUACUUUGAAAUCAGCGAGGAGAACCGCAACCAGUGGGAGAUGCCACAAGUCAGAGAGUCUAAACGGCAGUUCAUCUUUGAUGUGGUCAAUGAGGGUGGCGAGAGUGAGAAAAUGGAGAUGUUUGUGAACUUCUGUGAAGACACCAUCUUUGAGAUGAACAUUGCUGCAUCUAUAUCUGAGCCUGAGGGAGGGGGGGAAGAAGAAGAAGAUGACGAGGAAGAAGAGGAGGGUGGGGGAGAUCAAGGAGAAGAAGGCGCUGAAGAAGAAGAACCUCCAGAGUCAACCUCAGCAUUUGCAGACUUUCUGAAGAGCGUUGUUGACUUCUUCAACAUGUUCACUUUCCGUAACCUGCGGCGUCGGUACCGCAAACUAAGAAAAAUGACAGUGAAGGAGAUGGUCAUCGGUCUGGCUACAUUUAUCUACACUAUUUUGAUGGGCAUUCUGAUAUUUGUUUAUAGUAUAUGUAAGGGCUUCUUCACACUCAUAUGGAAGGUGCUGUUUGGUGGAGGCCUAGUCGAGGGCGCCAAGAAGAUAACCGUGACAGAGAUCCUAGCCAGUAUGCCAGAUCCCACACAGGAUGAAGUUCACGGGGACCUGCCACCUGAACCAGGGGCUAGAGAGGUCCAAGACACAGAUGGAGCGGCAGACCUUUUAGAUGUUGUGGGAGGAGAAGAGGAAGAGGAGGAUAGUGAGGAGAGGGAAGGUGGACGCCUGCCUGGUUUCAAUACUCCUGGGGGACUUGGAGACUUUGGUGAAACAACAACUGAAGAGCCUCCGACUCCGGAGGGCACACCACUGCUCAAGAGAAAAUUGUUGGAAGCAACAGUGGGAGGACAAGGAGAGGAAGAACAACCUCCUCAACCUGAUGAAGAGGCUCCUCAGGAGACUGAGAAAGCAGACACCGAGAAUGGAGAGAAGACAGAGAAGGCAGAGCCUGAACCUGAGGUGAAGGAGGAGGAGCCUGAGGAGCAAGAAGAAACAACUGUGAAGACGAAGGCGAAGAAGGACAAAAAAACGACUGAGGAGGUCUUCGAGCUGUGGAAUGAGCUGGAGGUUCAGAGGAUUAAAUUCAUGAACUACCUUUCUCGCAACUUCUACAACCUUCGGUUCUUGGCCCUGUUCAUCGCCUUCGCACUCAAUUUCAUCCUGCUCUUCUACAGGGUGUCUGACAGUCCUCCAGGCGAGGAGGAGUUUGAGGGUUCUGGUCUGUUCGAGGGCUCUGGCCUGUUUGAAGGCUCCGGUGCUGAGGAGGACGGGUCUGGAUUAGAUGAAGGAGGUGGAGAAGAUGAAGAUGAGGAAGGACCCAUGUACUACUUCUUGGAAGAGAGCACAGGCUACAUGGAGCCAGCCAUGGCUUUCUUUGGUAUCAUCCACACCAUCAUCUCAUUCCUUUGCAUCAUUGGCUACAACUGCCUCAAGGUCCCUCUGGUUAUCUUCAAGAGAGAGAAGGAGCUGGCCAGAAAGCUGGAGUUUGAUGGUCUCUAUGUCACCGAGCAGCCUGAGGACGAUGACAUCAAGGGCCAGUGGGACAGACUGGUGCUCAACACUCCAUCUUUCCCUAACAAUUACUGGGACAAGUUUGUGAAAAGAAAGGUGCUGGAUAAAUAUGGUGACAUCUACGGCAGAGAGAGGAUUGCAGAGUUGCUCGGUAUGGACUUAGCUUCUCUGGACGUCAGUGCCAUGACACAUGAGAAGAAGCCUGAACCAGACACCUCAAUGUUGAGCUGGGUAACAUCUAUUGACAUCAAGUACCAGAUCUGGAAGUUUGGUGUUAUUUUCACUGACAAUACCUUCCUCUACCUGAUGUGGUACAUGUUAAUGUCUCUGCUUGGACACUACAACAACUUCUUCUUUGCCGCUCAUCUUCUGGACAUCGCCAUGGGUGUCAAAACCCUGCGCACCAUCCUGUCCUCCGUCACUCACAAUGGCAAACAGCUGAUGAUGACGGUGGGUUUGCUUGCUGUGGUGGUGUAUCUGUACACCGUGGUGGCCUUCAACUUCUUCCGCAAGUUCUACAACAUGAGCGAGGAUGAAGAUGAGCCGGACAUGAAGUGUGAUGACAUGAUGACUUGUUACCUGUUCCACAUGUACGUUGGCGUGCGUGCUGGUGGUGGCAUAGGAGAUGAAAUUGAGGAUCCAGCUGGGGAUGAAUAUGAGCUCUAUCGAGUGGUCUUUGACAUCACCUUCUUCUUCUUCGUCAUUGUCAUCCUGUUGGCUAUCAUCCAGGGUUUGAUCAUUGAUGCCUUUGGAGAGCUGAGAGACCAGCAGGAGCAGGUCAGAGAGGACAUGGAGACAAAGUGUUUCAUCUGUGGAAUUGGUAGCGACUACUUUGACACGACGCCGCAUGGCUUCGAGACCCACACCUUAGAAGAGCAUAACUUAGCUAACUACAUGUUCUUCCUGAUGUAUCUCAUCAAUAAAGAUGAAACUGAACACACAGGACAGGAGUCAUACGUGUGGAAGCUAUACCAGGAGCGAUGCUGGGACUUCUUCCCUGCUGGAGACUGCUUCAGGAAGCAGUAUGAGGAUCAGCUGGGAUAACAUCCUGCAAUGUGAACAUCUGAAGGAGAAAGAGAGGAAAGGAGAGAGGAGAGGAGGGGAGGGAAAUUCUGAGAAGGGAAAGAUUAGAAAUGUAGAGAUCAAACACACCUUUGUCUUAGUUUUGUCCUUUUGUCUGCACAUUUCUCCCCUCUGUUGAAGCUAUGCACACUUCAACUGCUCUGUUGUACCACCCACAGCAGAAUGUCCAUGGAAUAGAUUUGAGAAAAGCAGAAGAAGAGAGGCCUUCUUUAUUCUACUAAGAAUACACUACAUGGCCUUUUUUUAGUGUAAAAUAAACAUAGUCUGCCUUGCAUAUCAAUGCAUAUACAAAAUGGGCUCUUUCAGUCGCCACUGCUGUACACAUUUUAGUGCCUAUAGCAACAUCACUGCUUUAGCGAUCAGCUGCUUUAACACUUUUAUUUGAGAUUAGAGUGGAUGUGUUUUAUUUAUAUUGGUUGUAAGUUUGGGAUUUUAUUUUUUGUAAGUGGCUGCUGCCAUUUGAUAUUUUGUUUCUAAUGUUUGGUGUUUUGAAAGGAAAUGAUUACAGUAUUUCCAAAAUCCCUGAGGGCAGCAGUGAACAUUUUAGCCCUCCCCCCCUCGCUCCUCUUCUUCUUCUCUCAAGACUUAAAAACUUGUCUUCAAACAAGCAAUCGUGAACUUGCUGGACUGACUUGCUAAGAUAAUAAAACUGAGCAUCAUCUGCGUGCGUGAUAUAUGCCAGUGUGAAUCAGCUGUAUAGAUGAACCCAGUUUGCACUCUGAAGUCUUACAAUGCGUCCCUGGAUGUAUGUGCUCCCCUAUCUCCACUGGUGUCUCUGUGCCAUAUAAGAUAGUGAUGAUGUACACACAUACAGUAUAGGAGGAUGCCAAGGUUAUUUAUUUAUUGUUUAUACGCAGAUCAAACCUUCUGAAGACGACCGUUUUAGCCCGUCUGUAUUUCUGGCCAACAGUCUGUUUUAUGACACUUUAUGCACAAAUAAGUUUUUGUCAGUGCAUUAAAAUAACUAAUGAAUGUAUUUAAUGUAUACAUUUUGGCCAAAGUGUCAUGUGUAUAACUGAGUAAUGUCUAGGCUGCUUAGAGGCCUUUUGAUGAAAAGACAUAUUUUACAUAAAUCAUAGAUACAUAUAUUUAUUUUUCUUUAGGGCUUUGAAGAAUUUGAACGAUCAUGCUUCUUUGACAUUAACAUGUCGUGUGUCCUGUUUGUGAAAUCCACAGUGGUGAAGAGACUCGGUCUCACACUGAAGUAAAUGCCCAGUUUGCAGUCAGAAGAGCACAUUAGCUUUCGUUUUUGCUAGUUCGGUUUUUAUGAUAGAUAUUUUUAGAAAUUCAGCAUAUCAGUUAUUUUUCUCAAUCAAAGUCACGUGUGAUGCGUUGAUCUCAGACAGUUCUGUCUCACUAUGCCUCUUACGGAUCAAACUCACAAACUCCAUCUCACAUUUAAUGUCAUGAAUCAUUUUGUCAGAGACAGAGCGGUAUUUUGUUUGCCGACGACUCUGAAGUGUGUUUCUGUGGCUGUGGUCCACCUGGAGGCAGCUGACAGUACGGAGCUGAAUGGAGAUCACUACUGUCCACCUGGCUGAGUGUCCUCUGACUGAACCCUGUGUUUCAAUACAGAAUAAACAGAUUAUUUUAAGGAGAA